UGGACUGUGAUGUUUAUUAUUACCACAUUCACAAGCUCUGUGCUCAGUUUGCUUGUCAAAGCUCCAACAUGGAAGUUCAAAAAGCAGGUCUUUUAUUCUGUCUUUUCCUCUUCUCAGGCUGUUUCUGUCAAACGCUCUUGAAUCUGCUCUGUACAGCUGCUGAAGACUGUAUGCACUGCAAUGGAGAAGACUACAGAGGCAAGAUCUCCAUCACUGAGAGUGGAUACACCUGCCAACGCUGGGACUCUCAGACACCACACAAACAUAAUUACAUCCUUUUAUUUUUACAGAACUUGAGGGAGAACUAUUGCAGGAACCCUGGUGGAGAUCCCAGACCCUGGUGUUAUACCACAGAUCCAUCCAAACGCUGGGAGUACUGCUCUAUUCCUCGAUGCACCACUGAACCACCCACAUUUGUACCAGAGCUCACCUGUAGUUCUGAAGUAGGAAGAUAUUACAGAGGAACUAUUUCUGUGACCAAAUCAGGCAAAACUUGCCAGAGCUGGGCAUCUCAAACUCCUCACAAACAUGACAGAUCUUCAGUAAACUACCCAUGCAAAGGUCUUGAAGAGAACUACUGCAGGAACCCUGAUCGUGAAAAAGCACCAUGGUGUUACACCACAGACCCUGAGACCCGCUGGGAACACUGCACUGUGCCCAAUUGUAGAGAUCAACCUGGCUGUUUCUGUCAAACGCUCUUGAAUCUGCUCUGUACAGCUGCUGAAGACUGUAUGCACUGCAAUGGAGACGACUACAGAGGCAAGAUCUCCAUCACUGAGAGUGGAUACACCUGCCAACGCUGGGACUCUCAGACACCACAUCAACAUGAUUACAUCCUUUCAUUUUUACAGAACUUGAGGGAGAAUUAUUGCAGGAACCCUGGUGGAGAUCCCAGACCCUGGUGUUAUACCACAGAUCCAUCCAAACGCUGGGAGUACUGCUCUAUUCCUCGAUGCACCACUGAACCACCCACAUUUGUACCAGAGCUCUUCUGUAGUUCUGAAGAUGGAAGAUAUUAUAGAGGAACUAUUUCUGUGACCAAAUCAGGCAAAACUUGCCAGAGCUGGGCAUCUCAAACUCCUCACAAACAUGACAGAUCUUCAGUAAACUACCCAUGCAAAGGUCUUGAAGAGAACUACUGCAGGAACCCUGAUCGUGAAAAAGCACCAUGGUGUUACACCACAGACCCUGAGACCCGCUGGGAACACUGCAAUGUGCCCAAUUGUAGAGAUCAACCUGUGGAGGGAAGAGAUGUGCUUGAUGCUGAAUCACUGGGCAGUGCUGAAGUGGAGGGAAGAGAUGUGCUUGAUGCUGAAUCGCUGGGCGGUGCUGAAGUGGAGGAAGAGAUGUGCUUGAUGCUGAAUCACUGGGCGGUGCUGAAGUGGAGGGAAGAGAUGUGCUUGAUGCUGAAUCACUGGGCGGUGCUGAAGUGGAGGGAAGAGAUGUGCUUGAUGCUGAAUCACUGGGCGGUGCUGAAGUGGAGGGAAGAGAUGUGCUUGAUGCUGAAUCGCUGGGCGGUGCUGAGAUGGAGAUGUCUGCAACAGGUGGCCCAGGAUUUGCAGGGACGGGAAGAUUGUAUGCACUGCAGAGGAGACGACUACAGAGGCAACAUCUCCAUCACUGAGAGUGGACACACCUGCCAACGCUGGGACUCUGAUCCACUAAAUAAAUACACGGCAUCAACAUACCCUGAGAAGAACUUGGAGAAGAACUUCUGCAGGAACCCUGAUGGAGAGCUCAGGCCCUGGUGCUAUUCCACAAAUCCAUCCAAACGCUGGGAGUUCUGCUCUAUUCCCCGAUGUAGAACUGAACCAGCCGCAAUAGUUCCAGAUCACACCUGUAUUACUGGAGAUGGAAGCUCUUACAGGGGAACUGUUUCUGUGACCAAAUCAGGGAAAACUUGCCAGAGUUGGACAUCUCAAACUCCUCACACGCAUGGCAGAACUCCAGACAACUCCCCAUGCAAAGGUCUUGCAGAGAACUACUGCAGGAACCCUGGUAAUGACCGAGCGCCCUGGUGUUUCACCACAGACCCCGAGACCCGCUGGGAAUACUGCAAUGUGUCCAGAUGUCGAGCAUUAAUGAAAUAUUGUCCACUUAGAACCAAAGUUAAUCAAAAUGUGUGUUGUAGAUACCCUGAGAAGAACUUGGAGGAUAACUAUUGCAGGAACCCUGAUGGAGAGCUCAGGCCCUGGUGCUAUUCCUCAAAUCCAUCCAAACGCUGGGAGUACUGCUCUAUUCCCCGAUGUAGUAAGAAAUCACUUUCAGCCUUUUAUUAUAUGAUAUUAUUAAUCAUUGAUCAUCUUUCUCUUGUAGGAACUGAACCAGCCACAAUUGUCCCAGAACACACCUGUAUUACUGGAGAUGGAAGCUCUUACAGAGGAACUAUUUCUGUGACCAGUUUAGGGAAAACUUGCCAGAGUUGGACAUCUCAAACUCCUCAUAAACAUGAUAGAACUGCAGAGAAGUACCCCUGCAAAGGGCUUGUAGAGAACUUCUGCAGGAACCCUGAUAAUGACAGAAUGCCCUGGUGUUUCACCACAGACACCGAAACCCGCUGGGAAUACUGCACUGUGCCCAAAUGUGAUGACCAACCUGAACCUGAAGAUUGUAUGCACUGCAGAGGAGACUACUACAGAGGCAACAUCUCCACCACUGAGAGUGGAUACACCUGCCAACACUGGGACUCAGAUCCAAAAAAUAAAUACAUGCCAUCAAAAUACCCUGAGGAGAACUUAGAGAAGAACUACUGCAGGAACCCUGAUGGAGAGCUCAGGCCCUGGUGCUAUUCCUCAAAUCCGUCCAAACGCUGGGAGUUCUGCUCUAUUCCUCAAUGCAGAACUGAACCGUCCACAAUUGUACCAGAGCUCACCUGUAUUACUGGAGAUGGAAGCUCUUACAGGGGAACUGUUUCUGUUACCAAAUCAGGGAAAACUUGCCAGAGCUGGACAUCUCAAACACCUCACAAACAUGACAGAACUCUAGAAAACUACCCCUGCAAAGGUCUUAAAGAGAACUACUGCAGGAACCCUGAUAAUGACAGAAUGCCCUGGUGUUUCACCACAGACCCCAAGACCCGCUGGGAAUACUGCAAUGUGUCAAGAUGUGAUGACCAACCUAAAUCUGGUCUGUAUCUGAAAUGUGGACAGCCAGCAAUAGAAACAAAAAGUUGCUUGUGGCAUGUUGUUGGGGGAUGUGUUUCUGAACCCCACUCCUGGCCUUGGCAGAUCAGUCUUAGAAAAGGUGCUGAGAAAUCUCACUGGUGUGGUGGAACUCUGAUUGAUCCGCAAUGGGUCCUCACCGCAACACAUUGCCUUAAGGAGUCUCCAAGUCCAUCUGUUUACAAGAUCUUCCUCGGAAUCCACACAAAAAAUGGGUCUGAAUCAUCCAAACAGGAACGAGGUGUUAUUAAAAUGGUUAUGGAACCAUCUGGAACUGACAUUGCACUUAUAAAGCUAGACAGGCCAGCAGUACUUAAUGAUCAGGUAUCGCUUGCUUGUCUACCAGAAAAGGACUAUAUUGUACCAGACGCUACUGAAUGCUUUAUAACAGGCUGGGGCAAGACACAGAGAACUGGUGGAAAGGGUUACCUGAAAGAGGCCGGCGUACCAAUAAUUGAGAACAAAAUCUGCAACAAUCCGUCAUUUUUGAAAGGCCGCAUAAAGGAACAUGAGAUGUGCGCUGGACACAAAGAGGGCGGAAAAGACUCUUGUCAGGGUGACAGCGGUGGACCUCUCGUCUGCAAAGCACAGAACAAGUUUGUUCUUCAGGGAGUGACAUCAUGGGGUAUUGGUUGUGCACAAGCUAUGAAACCUGGAGUGUACGUACGAGUCUCUAAGUUUAUCAACUGGAUUGAACAAACCCUGAAAGAAAAAUGAUGCAUCUAGCUUUCCUGUGGCUCAGUGGUAAGAUCAUGGCACUAGCAAUGCCAAGGUCAAGGCUUCGAUCCCACAGGAUUGCACAUAGUCAGAAACAAAAGUAUAAUAUAAUGCAAUUUAAGCUACGUCUGCCAAAUGCGUAUUUGCAAAUCUUGAACACAAAUGUAUAAUGGGAUAUACAUUAGAAUUUAAAUGUACAUCUUCUCUAUAGAAUAAAAUUAUUAUGAUACAAAA